UCUUCACGUAUAAAAUGAUGCCUCGGCAAGGCAAUUCGGCGCAUUCUCAAUCUCAAAACCUACAUUUUCAGUUACAAGUUUCGGGAUAGGUCGACGAUGGAUUUUCCUUGCAUGAACAUCUUCCUCUGUGUAUUAUUCCUUUGUAUAGCUUGCAUCUUGAAUCCCACCUUCUCUUUGGAAAGUUGCGUCUUCCCAGCCAUAUUUAACUUUGGUGACUCCAAUUCCGACACCGGUGGUCUAUCUGCAACUUCCCUAAUCACUCUCCCUCCUCCCUAUGGAGAGACAUUUUUUCACAAGCCUGCGGGGAGGGGAUCCGAUGGUCGCCACAUCAUCGAUUUCAUCGCACAAAGUUUUGGCCUGCCAUUUCUGCAUGGAUAUCUUGAUUCUUUGGGGGCUAACUUCUCCCAUGGUGCAAAUUUUGCCACGGGAGGAGCCUCCAUCAAUGGAGGACUACUGAAGGUGGGAGGAUUCAGCUUCUAUCUCAAUAUACAGUACGAAGAAUUCAAACAAUUCAAAUUCAGAUCGGAAAGGAUCAGAGAAAAAGGUGGAAUAUUUGCGACUCUAAUGCCGAAAGAGGAAUAUUUUUCAAAUGCCUUGUAUACAUUUGACAUCGGUCAAAAUGAUCUUAUUGGGCCAUUUCUGUUCAACUUUUCUGUACACGAAGUUAACGCUUCUGUUAUUAAUAUCAUCAAUGACUUUAUUACUAAUGUGAAGAAUACAUACAAGUUAGGCGGUAGAUCGUUUUGGAUUCAUAACACAGGACCAUUAGGUUGCUUUGCUAGCAGUUUGGCGAUCUUUCCCUUAGGUGAGAGGGACGAUGCUGGUUGCGUAAAACCUUACAACCAAGUGGCUCAGUAUUUUAACUACUUGUUGAGAGAAGCUGUAUUGCAACUAAGGCACGAUUUUCCACAGGCUGCAUUCACAUAUGUUGAUGUCUACUCUGUCAAGUACUCUCUCUUUGAACAAUCAGAAAGAUACGGCUUUGAGCAUCCACUUGUAGUAUGUUGUGGCUACGGAGGCAAGUACAAUUUUACUAUUGGAGCUUUCUGUGGAGACACUAUAACAGUUAAUGGCACCCAAAUAUUUGUUGGUUCGUGUGAGCGUCCUGAUGUUCAAGUAGAUUGGGAUGGCGCACACUAUACAGAUGCAGCUAACAAGUUUGUUUUUGAUCAAAUCUCAACUGGAGCUUUCUCUGACCCUCCCAUUCCCUUGAGAAUGGCAUGCCACAGAAACACAAGCUUCUUCAACGACCAUAUGCACUAAAUUGCCGAUAUGAGAAUAUUUUUAUAGUAUAAAUCGCGCAUGCAUGUACUUAACAUGACAUUCUAUGAAUAAAAUUGUAUCAAACAUUAUGCAGGGUGUGGUAAAUAAUCACGCGUCCUUA